AUAUCACAGAUAGCCUGAUAGUCUCUCACCUUUACUUGCCUUUCUACUUCUUCGACUUUAUUUCUCCUCAGGCCUCCUUCUUUCAAACUCCUAGACUCAUCAAACUCACAGCUUCGACCUACAACGUAGAGGAUAACUUCGAACAACUCUAGUGUGACCAAGUUUAACGGUCGUACGUUCCUACGAUAGAACGCCAGCGCCUCGAUGCAGUGAAAGCAGUCUUUCCACCAUGGCUCCCAGCAUGGGAAAGAAGGGCAAAAACAUUUUCCCAAGCUUCGAUGACGGAGAUGUCGAGAUCAAACUCUCUGAAACCCCUAAAGACGUCUAUAUACUACACAGCUUUGUCCUCGCCUUGCACUCUCCCUUCUUCAAAACAAGCCUCAGCGAACGAUGGGCGGCAAGCGGUGACACUGCCUUGAUCGUUCCUGGUAGCAAGAUCCGUUGGAAGUAUGAGUUGAGAUUUGAAGAAAAGUCGAACCUCGCAAUCCUCACUCGAGACCAAGGAGUACCGCCGGAAGACAGUUCCAAAACUGAGUUACUGACGAAGACUACUGCAGCCUUAGCACAUACCGACGAGUCAGCCUUGUUCACUGAACGUCAAUCGGUUGUGUCGACUCACAGACAACUCCUUGGUCUGUUCUACACCAUUCCACCCAAAUAUGAGCCAACAUUCGAAGCCACAAAAACAGCCAUAGUCCGCCUUGUAAGCCUUGCGGAUAUGUACACCUGUACGCCGAUUACUACCAUGGCCGUUGAGAAUCUUCUUUAUUCUUUCAUGCCAACGAUUCUCAACGCAUGCCACACCACGCCAACUGCAAUGAUCAGCCUUGCUACUGAGGUGAAGUCGACUUGGAUCUUCAAAGAAGCAGCAACACAUCUUAUUGGAUUCUGUGUCGAAGAUUUCGAAAAACUGGAAGGCGAACUCAAAGAGCUUCACCUUCUCAAAUACUUCCAACAUGCAAGAUCAGAAUUACGGAUUGGUUUGAUGGUGGUAGAGCAGCUUCUCUUCGUCACUCCCUAUACUACAAAUGCGGGGAUGUCCGGAAGGCUCUAUACACUGUUCAGAGAAUUUCUUAGUGUGAGCAUCAGAGGUGGCAAAGGCUCAGGGAUGAAGCGUGGCUAUGCCCAGCUCUAUCACCAAGUUGCCAACGGUGAGUGGGUGAAAAGUUCGACCUGGGCGUCCUUACUCCGACAACACAAUUUGCUCGCUAGCCCGGGAGUGUUUCCUACCAACUCAUUGAGCAAUCACAAAGGGGACACGUCUGCUAUCCUUCAAGGCGUACUAAAGAACUGUACGCGUCUAAAGAAAGCUCCAGGAACUUCCGAUGGCCUCACCUGCAUUGAAGUUGACGACAAAAACCUACCUUGGAAUCUCGAAGAUGUCUCGAAACCUCACUCAACCCUUGAAGACUUGUUCAAGGAUUGAAUGCCACCAAGUCCCCGAUUCUCCUCUGGAUCUUUGGCCCAACUUUUUACUUUCUUUCUGCAAAUCUCUCGGAAAUUACUUUUCUCACUUAUAUCUUUUCUUGAUUCUCUUCCUUCCCAUAUCUGGCGUUCACCAUUUUCAACUGAGGUUUCCUAUUCGUCCCCUAUGACUAUUAUUGGUGCCCUUUCUGCAGUUAAGCUUUACCUUACCAAAAAGGCUUCCAAUUACCUCUCUUCUUAGUUACCCGUCAUUCCAACUUCCGACCAUGGAAAGUAGCGCACCUCGUAUUUGCAGAGAUCGAAGAGAAACCAUUUAAGUCAUUCAGUAGUUACAACUAAGACAUCAUUAUCUUCAAAUACA